AACCUCAAAUUAUUGCAAUCAAAGGAAGCCAGAGAGGAGCCCGUGCUGGUAUAAAACCUUCCUGGCGUGCAUCUUCCCCCACUGCUCUGGCUCUGAGGGCACAAGGACCAACCAUGAAGGCUUUUCUGGUUGCCCUGCUGGCUGCAGUGCUGUGUGCCCAGCAAGCUUCCUCCCUGUUUUGCUACACCUGUGACAAUGAACAUUCCAACUGGAACUGCUUGAAAACCUACAAGUGUGAGGACCAUGAGAAAUACUGCACGACCACGUACAGCUCUGUUGGCUUUGGCAAGGAUAUAGGACACCGCAUCACCAAGAAAUGCUCUGUGGACUGUCCUGAGACCAACGUGGACUUCGGGAUGGCCGCUUAUUCCACCAAGUGCUGCAGCACCUCCCUGUGCAACUUCAGCGGCGCCAACAGCAUCCGGAUCAACUACGCCGUGAUCCUGCUGGGAAUCGUGGGAAGUUUGAUCUGUGUCCUCAGGGCAGGAUUGUGAUCAGGGGUGGCAGAAGAUGUGACCACCCGAGAAGCCACAAGGUAUUCCCCAAGUGAGAAACCUCAGCCAAAUGUUCCCAACAGCGACCCCGUUUUAUUCCCAGACACUGCUUCAGAUCCCAACGUGACACGGCAGUGUAGCUCCUAUUUUUCCCCCCUGUUGUUUUAUAUUAAUUUUUCCCUGGAAAAGCUCUUUUGAUAGCACGUGUGUGAUAACUGUCAGGAAAAAUAAAGAUUUGUGUUAUUCUA